UGUCCUCGUAUGGGAGCGCAUUUACAGCGGCUAUGGUGGAAGAGACGCAAUCCGCCAUGGGAAAUGUGGCAGCGCUACUAGCACCGUCUUGUUCUUGAUGCCAAAUUUCCUCGACAGCAUCGGUCGAUUGGAGCGCUCUUCUCUCUUGCUCCUCUGAUUCUUCGCUGGAUGAUCUUUUGUUGUCUCAUGAGACAUUUAAUGCAUCCGUCGCGCAGCUCUGGAGGAGAUCGUUGCAAAAUCACGGCCACUCUUUUUCAUCAGGUUUGCCAGGGAGCCGGCAGAGAGCUCCGUAAUAUCUAUCCCAGUCGCGAAUCAAUCUUGGAUUUAGUCUUCCAACGAAGUGGCAAGAGCUCGCUCCCUUUCUAUUCCACUUGAUCGAGCAGCGACGAAAGUAGAAUCCAGCAGAGGUGUUUGGGGCGAAUGUUUUGGAAUGCUCUUGCGAUCGCCAGGUUUGGUCUAGUAGAAGCUGGAGAGGACAGAGUCCUUGCAUGCAUCAGGGAAGAAAACGUGAUCUUCACGGGAGUCAAGAGUGAGAGCUCUGGGCUUCUGAGACGUGUCAGGACAAUCGCGUAUCAAAGUUUCUAAGUGGAUCACAGGAAGGAACACGUUAUAGUUGACCACUGUUUCCAUUCCAUAAAAACGCGACAGCGGAGAGAUCAAAUCGUUUUUUUCUUGCCAGUCUGUACAAAUGUCGGCUAUGGUGUCCACACAGUCGGAGCUCGUUCGGGAAGAGAUAGCGAAGAAUCUCGAGAGUUAUGUGGGUGAGGGCCCGUCAAACACGUAUGACAAAGAAAUUUCACCCAAGAGUACGCUUCCAGUCGCUGCAUUCCACUCGCCAUCGAACAGCGAGACGUCGUCACUGUUUUCAACGGUUGAUUGCUCUUCGUUUUCAUCCAGAAGUGACGCAAGCUCUUUCGUCAAGGAGGAGGUUUCACCAAUUGUUAGCUUGUCCGUCACCUCCAGCAUUGAGUUCUUGCCAGGAUCGAAACUUGCCGGAACGAGUUCCAGGGACAACAGCUCUUAUUUCGAAUUUUCUUUCGUGGAGGGAAAUUUGGUGGGGGACGAAGGUGAUGAUAGUGUCAGGAUCGCAGGCAACAGGCAACUGGCAACGAACAAACAAACUCCUGCAGCAGACUCGCCCAAGGCAGCCGUUUCUCUGCAAGAUGACGCCUACGAAACGUUUCCAGUUUGGACAGAUCGCACGCGUUACUGCUCCAAGAACAUUCACAGCUGCAUUAAUCCUUGCUUCGAUCAAGCAGGCGAUGGCGGCGGCGAGUUGCGGAUACGCUCGUCACGAAGGAAGAAACUUGCCAAGAGCUUGGGGUCUGUUCUUACCAAGCAUCUGCCGUUGAGCCCCGGACCGACUUUUCGGAGAAGUUCGUAUGACAAGUUCAAGUCGCGGCUUUCUAUCGGCCAUCCUUCUCCUCUGUCAGAACGAAACUCCGUGGCUACGCCUUCAAGAGCCUUUGAGACGCAAGAAGAGAAGUCCGGGUACCAUAGUUCUCCAGGGGGUGUGAGACGAAACCCUGCAAGCAGUCAACCGAGAAACAAUCGCUUGUCUUUUGCGAAGACAGGUGGGGAACAAUUCAAGAUGAAAACAGGCGCUGGUGCUGAGUUAUCUGCUUCGACAAGUGGCAAAACAAGCCUGUAUGGGACAUCUCCCAGACGAGUUCGAGGUAUGGAAGCAAAAGCUUUGGGGUGUCUCGGGAUGGCAAAGACAGUGGUGCCGGAGGAUGGGACGUUUUUGGAGGAAUAUAAGGGUCCACUCUACUUCGCUUCCGAGGACAGCGUUCACGGGGGUAAAACUCGCUGCCUGCCUUCUCCUCGUCUGUCAUUCGGCAAAACAACGUCAAGAGAAGAGAAUGCGCAGCUGGCCAGCGUGAGCAUGUCUAUGGUAGUUCCAUCGCGGACUGUCCAUGGUCAUGUUCACUGUGUGGUCCGGAACGACACCCCGAGUUUCACAUUCUCCGUCGACGGUCUUGAAGAAAUCCUUGUUGCGAAAGCGGUGAAAUCCUGUCCUCUUGACGGCCUAGAGACCGGGGAGCUGGUAUACACGUUCUACUCCUGGAAGCCGAAGGGAAGAUCGAGAAGACACUGGAAGAACUGGGUGAGAAGAGACAGGACCGAUCCAGAGCUUGUUGGAAGCAUGACCUUCAGCAGCAAAGUUGUGCCAGCAGAAAGCAAGGAUGAAGACGACACCAUGGAGCUGGAAUUCGUUCUUUCGGAUGGAAAUGGAGCAUGUAGCCCAAGGCUGAGCUUCUCGACUUGGGAGACUGGAACAUCGCCACAGUCGAGCUGCAAGUCACCGUAUAGCUUUCCGUCACCUUUUUCUGCGGCUAGCCCUUCUCCGGUGCGGCUAGCAAACGCGACCUCCUCGCGCUACGUCGCGAUGAGCAUGGUCCCUACGAGCUUGGUUUCGCCUCGGUUUUCGAAGCGAGAUCGUCUCCGGCGCUCAAAGAAGUCUCUAAGCUCCAGUCCGCUGAGGCCAAAGUCGGACGACGAUCGAAGCUCGUGGAGUGACAGCGAAGUGGAGGCCGCGGAGGUGAAGAUCCAGUCAUCGCCAGAGUUUGCCGCCAUCGUGAUCCGAUCGUCCGCCGGUGUGAGCAGCGCACAGUCCGUCUGGGAGGCUCUAAACAAGAAAUGGAGCUCGAAGGCACUCAGGAACUCGUCCAGGAAGGGCUCUAAUGGCCGGAGAUUCAGCCUUCCGGGACGAUUGCCACUGCAGGUGGCGACCGAGACGAAAGAAAACCAGGGCGACAACAAGGCCAGGACGCACAGCUUUAAGCUCAGAGAACUGAUGGGAGUGAAGGCCGACUUUGGGAGAGAAGAAGCUCCGGCCUCCACCGUGACGGUAGUUCUCCCGGCUGGAAACCACGGGCUACCAGUACGAGGAAGUGGCGGUCCUCAACCUUUGAUGGAUCGGUGGCGCUCUGGAGGGCGAUGCGACUGUGGAAGCUGGGAUCUCGGCUGCGGUCUAACGAUCCUGGAAGGCCAGCAGGAGCUCCAAAGAUCGAAAGAGCUCAUCAACAUCUCUUUGCAGGGGAAGAACAAAAGCCAAUCUCCCUCGCUGCGCUUGGGAGCGAUCAGCGAUGGAUUGUUCCCGAUCUCCUUCCAGGCUCCGGUGAGCUACUUGCAAGCGUUUGCGUCGGCCAUCGCGGUUGUCUACACGAGAGGCCCCGGGGUGUUGGAUCAGUCGGAGGAUUCGAGCGUGAGAAAGGAGGACAAGCCGCCUAGGAUCCCGCUCAUGCCGCUCCACCAGAGGCGUGUAGCGUAUUUCUCGCCUCCUCCGGCGUGCUUGCUCGAUCGAUUGUAGAGAAACUCGAUCGAUAACUCUCAAUGGAAGAAGCUUUUGUUGUAAUUA